CACAGGGACAGCACUGUGGGGAAGACAAUAUUGGGGUGCCAUGCUUGAGCUUAUCCCCAUGUCCCCAUACUGAGGGCACAGCUCGCAGCCCCCACCCCAAACCCGCUGCAGGGGCUGGAGCUCAGCGUUUGCUUAUCAGCAACCUUUAGUCAUGUUUGCUCAGCCCCUCCAGCCACAGGCACCCCCCAGGACAAGGUUCGGGGCUGGGGCACGGUGCUGGCUCAGCACAGAGCAGGGCAGCACAGGAUGGAGGCUGGGGACGAGGAGGAGAGCCCACAGCCCACUGCAAUGGGCCGCUUCCAGCUCUCCGAGGAGUACGGCUUCCUUCUGCCCAACCCUCUGACAGAGCUGCCACCUUCCUACAGCCCUUGGAUGGAUAUUGCCCAUGAGUUGCCCCAGCUGAUCGCCAGCCACCAGCUCCGUGCACGCAUCCACCAGAUGCCACAGCUGAACACUCAACAGCUCCAAGGACGUGAGGAGCUGCACCUGGCCCACCUGGUGCUCAGCUUCCUUACCAUGGGCUACGUCUGGCAGGAGGGCGAGAAAGGCACCGUGAAGAUGCUGCCCCAUAACCUGGCCGUUCCCUUCUGGGAGGUGUCACAGGCCCUGGGGUUGCCCCCCAUCCUCACCCAUGCAGAUUUCGUCUUGGCCAACUGGAGGAGGAAGGAUCCCAGCGGGCCUCUGGAAAUUGAGAACCUGGAGCCUAUUAUAUCAUUGCCUGGGGGAGAGAGCCUGCGUGGAUUCAUCCUCGUCACACUCCUGGUGGAGAAGGCAGCUGUGCCUGGUAUCAAGGCCACCAUUCAGGCCAUUCAUGCCCUCCAGCACCAUGAUGAUGAGCUCCUGCACCGAGCCCUGCAGGGGCUGUCAGCAGCCAUUGGAGCCAUGGACAAGGCCCUGCAGCAGAUGCAUGAUUACGUGGAUCCAGCAGUAUUUUACACCGUGAUCAGGAUCUUCCUCUCAGGCUGGCGGGACAACGCAGCCAUGCCCCACGGGCUGCUUUACGAGGGCAUCUCCGAGCAGCCCAUGGCGUUCUCAGGAGGCAGCGCAGCACAGAGCUCCGUGCUCCACACCUUUGAUGAGCUCCUGGGGAUCCAACACAGCCAGGAGAGCACUGCAUUCCUGCACAGGAUGAGGGACUACAUGCCCCCUCCCCACCGUGCCUUCAUCAGAGACAUCAGCCUGGCCCCCUCCCUGCGGCAGCACAUCCUCAGCUCUGCAGACCUGCGGCUCCACGAGGCGUUUAACCACUGUAUCACAGCACUGGCUGACUUCAGGUCCCACCACAUCGCUAUCGUCACCAAGUACAUCACUGUGGCAAAGUCCAAGGCAGGGCAGGAGGAGGCUGGUUCCAUUGGCAAGCCACCAGCUGCGUUGGAGGCCAAGGGGACUGGAGGGUCCCACAUCUUUGUCUUCCUGAAGAGCGUCAGGGACAGCACCAGAGAGGGGUUGAUCAGUGCCUGAUGCCUGGCAUGGUGCUUGCUGCACCUUCCUGCUUGUGCAGGUCUCAGCUCAUCCUUCUGGCCCCACAGCAUCCCUGCCUGCCCUCCAGGGUUUCAUUAUUCCCUGCUGCAUUGAACACAAGCCUGCCCAAGGGAGGAGAGCACUGCCAUCCAUCACCCCAAAGCACACAGGGAGCACCAUCCCAAGGCACCAGCAGGCUUGUGCCACCCGAUGGCCUCUGAGACACUGGGACCGGGGCUCUGCUGCAGGAAUAGCACAGCCUAAUAAAGCUGCAGCUCCUAGGAAUGAA